AAAUCAAUGAAGUCAAAAACAUGAGCAAAUGUGGCUUUUGCAGAUUUGCAGCCUGAAAGCAGAUGAAAUAGCCAGACAUUUGCCUUUUUAGGGUUGCCCUAGGAAGAGCUAACAAAAGGGGUGGCAGCCCCUGAAAAGCUGCUUGGGAAGGACAUCUGCCCCUGUUUUACCAGCCAUUCAGUGCUCAAGCCUUUCCUUGAAAAGAGUGUGUCCGGCUGGGGUGCGAUAGUUCGGAGGCAGCCAGUUGUUAUAUGGCUUUUGUCUUAAGGAAGCCACCCAUUACGGUAGAGCCGUAGAGCCGUAACUCCCAGGAAGCCAGCUGUCAGGGAUGUGGUCCCAGGGGGUGGGAGACAAGGGGAGGAAAAAAAAAAAAAAACUAUAGCCAGAUUCCCUUUUAGACACCUGAGCCUGGCUGGCUUUGUAACCGGAGAGUUUUGUGUCUUCUCUCCAACCCCAUCUUCUCUGGGGAAACCCAGGGGCCCUUCUUGCUCGCCAUCCUUGAACAGACAGCAGUGACAUCUCAGGAUUGUGCUUUCUUGCCAGGUAUGAUGAUGUCAAACGUGAUGCCGAUGCUACAGUUACAGACACAGCCUCUGCUGGCGCAGCCUCUCUGAUUCUCUCUCUCCCUCUCCGCGUCCAGCGCUGGGCUUUUUAAGACAAGUGCAUCUCCUAACCAGGUCACAUUUCAGCCGCGACCCACCCUCCGUCAGCCACUGGAGUCAGACCGCAGGAGGAGGGCAGAGGAGGACGGCAGCGCUUGCUUCGCCAACGGCGGGGUGGAGGGAAGGGCAUUAAAAUCCUGUAGAAGUCAAGACCCCCACCCCCCAAGUCCAAUCCAGACCACGAUGCGCGCCCGGAGCUUCGGGCGGCUGGCGCUGCCGCUGCUGCUCCUCGCCGCAGCCGCUCUGGCCGAAGGCGAUGCCAAAGGGAUCAAAGAGGGCGAGACCCCCGGCAAUUUUAUGGAGGACGAGCAAUGGCUGUCGUCCAUCUCGCAGUACAGCGGCAAGAUCAAGCACUGGAACCGCUUCCGAGACGAAGUGGAGGAUGACUACAUCAAGAGCUGGGAAGACAAUCAGCAAGGAGAUGAAGCCCUGGACACCACUAAGGACCCCUGCCAGAAGGUGAAGUGCAGCCGCCACAAGGUGUGCAUUGCCCAGGGCUACCAGCGGGCCAUGUGCAUCAGCCGCAAGAAGCUGGAGCACAGGAUCAAGCAGCCCACCACAAAACUCCAUGGAAACAAAGACUCAGUCUGCAAGCCCUGUCACAUGGCCCAGCUUGCCUCCGUCUGUGGCUCUGAUGGCCACACUUACAGCUCAGUGUGUAAACUGGAGCAGCAGGCGUGCUUGAGCAGCAAGCAGCUGGCAGUGAGAUGCGAGGGCCCCUGUCCCUGCCCCACAGAGCAGGCUGACACCCCUGCCACCGACGGCAAGCCAGAGACCUGCACAGGUCAGGACCUAGCUGACCUGGGGGACCGGCUGCGGGACUGGUUCCAGCUCCUUCAUGAGAACUCCAAGCAGAAUGGUUCAACUAGCAGUGCAGCCAGCCCAGCCAGUGGGCUGGAUAAGAGCCUCGGGGCCAGCUGCAAGGACUCCAUUGGCUGGAUGUUCUCCAAGCUGGACACCAGUGCUGACCUCUUCCUGGACCAGAUGGAGCUGGCUGCCAUCAACCUGGACAAAUAUGAGGUCUGCGUCCGCCCCUUCUUCAACUCCUGCGACACCUACAAGGACGGCCGUGUCUCCACUGCUGAGUGGUGUUUCUGCUUCUGGAGGGAGAAGCCCCCCUGCCUGGCCGAGCUGGAGCGCAUCCAAAUCCAGGAGGCUGCUAAGAAGAAACCAGGCAUCUUCAUACCAAGCUGUGAUGAGGAUGGCUACUACCGGAAGAUGCAGUGUGACCAGAGCAGCGGGGACUGCUGGUGUGUGGACCAGCUGGGCCUGGAGCUGACCGGCACCCGCACACAUGGGAACCCUGACUGUGAUGACAUCGUGGGUUUCUCAGGGGACUUUGGGAGCGGCGUUGGCUGGGAGGACGAGGAGGAGAAGGAGACGGAGGAAGCAGGCGAGGAGGCUGAGGAGGAGGAGGGCGAGGUGGGCGAGGCGGACGACGGAGGCUACAUUUGGUAGAUGGCUCUCCUGCAGCCGUGGCAGGCCAGGGUGCCGACGGCCAGGGAGAGGCCAGCAGAGACCUGGACAGCAGCAGGCAGCUUAGCGAAUGGAUCCGGAAAUUAGUGGAAAGUUACCCUGGCUCCAGUGGGGAUGACUGGAAGUAUGAGUGCAUGGCAUGCAUGUGGCCUGGAUGGCUGGGAUGACUGAAUGUGUGUGUGUGUGUGCACGUGUGGCAUGUGCUGACAGACGUGUCCUUGAUCCACAGUGCCCCUGGCAGAGUGAGUCACCCAAAACCCCCUUCAGGCUCCUUGUAAUUGUUUUCUUUCCAUUUGUUGUUGGUUUAAAAUACAUGCGUUCACACACGUACAUACA